CGAUCAUCGUUUGAGUGUGCUGGAAUCUGUUGUACAAGUACAUUCAAUAUCUUUGUCCGUGUUUUUGAUUUGAAAGUUGUCCAGAAGCAAUGGCGCCCAAGGCAGAGAAGAAGCCCGUCGAAAAGAAGGCUGCCGAAGAGAGGAAAACAGUCGGGGAGAAAACUCCUACAGCAGUAGCGGAGAAGAAGCCUAAGGAGAAGGCUCCUCCCAAGGCUGGUAAGAAGAUUGCCAAGGGUGCUGGUGACAAGAAGAAGAGGAAGAAGAGAAGUGUUGAGACCUACAAAAUCUAUGUUUUUAAGGUUUUGAAGCAGGUCCACCCUGAGAUUGGCAUCUCCAGUAAGGCCAUGUCUAUCAUGAACUCCUUCAUGAACGAUAUUUUCGAGAAAUUGGCUGCAGAGUCGUCAAAGCUCGUAAAAUACACAAAGAGGGACACUAUUUCUUCGAGGGAGGUGCAGACGGCCGUGAAAUUGGCCCUUCCAGGUGAGCUUGCAAAGCAUGCCGUGUCGGAGGGCACGAAGGCCGUUACCAAAUUCACUUCUGAGAAGAAGCCCGCUGAAAAGAAAACGGUGGGGGAAAAGACUCCCACAGCUGUGGCGGAGAAGAAGCCCAAGGAGAAGGCCCCUCCCAAGGCCGGAAAGAAGAUUGCCAAGGGUACCGGGGACAAGAAGAAGAGGAAGAAGAGGAGCGUGGAAAGCUACAAGAUCUACAUAUUUAAAGUGCUGAAGCAGGUUCACCCUGAGAUCGGCAUCUCCAGUAAGGCCAUGUCCAUCAUGAACUCUUUCAUGGCUGACAUUUUCGAGAAAUUGGCCGCAGAGUCAUCAAAGCUGACAAAAUACACAAAGAGGGACACUCUCUCUUCCAGAGAGGUGCAGACGGCCGUGAAAUUGGCCCUUCCUGGUGAGCUUGCCAAGCACGCCGUGUCGGAGGGUACAAAGGCCGUCACGAAGUUCACUUCCGGUUGAUUUGUCUAAAUCGUUCUGUUUUCUUUUCUUUUUACGGUGUCUGUUGACACCACCUCUGUAAAGGAUUUGCAGUUUCCUUUAGCUGCGUUGCUGCGGUAAAUUGAAAGCUAUAAGCUAUGUCACUCUUUAAUUUUCA